AUGCCCAGCGCUGUCUUAUUCUCAUGCGUUCGCUGGUGGCAUGUCGGUGUUGUAAUGCUUCUCUUCAUUUUCUUGCAGUCACGAGAUGCUUGGGGGCUGAAGGAAUUAAAUCUUAACACCACUUUUCUGCGCCAGGAUUACAGAACACCACUAAAACAACUGAGCGUUGAUCCUAUUUUUUGCAGGCGGCGAGGAGGACGCGCAAUUUUGCAUUUCGAAAUGAAUCAAGUGCAGGGAACUGUGGCGGUCACCCUUACUGGUUGUGUAGCGCAGGCUUGCGUUCCUCAUGCCUGCGGCGCGGGUUGGGGAAACAUGAAGGUGGAGCAACUACGAUCGUUUUUCCUCUCUUUUGUUGUUGUUGCUGAUGCCGCUCAACCGAGCUAUUUUCUCUGGGGCGAAGUGUCGGUGCAUGAAAUGAACGGUACGGCUGGAAAUCACCUUGCUAUAGAUGGGCAAAGCCUUCGAACCUGCACAACCGCCUCAGUUAUACCACCUCUUUCCGAGAUUCCCCCGGAAGUUUUCAUUGUGAAAGCGAAAAAGUUUAGGUGUCAAAUGCACGAAAAGGGGUUUGGAGACUCCACGACCUGCCCGUAG